UUUGUCCUCCUAAGCUGGAUCCUAUCCUUUUUCCUAUAUCACAUGUUCAAAGAUUAUAAAUAAAACUUUUAUUGCACUCUCACUUACUGUACCAUUUAGGAUCAUGUUCGUCUCCUCAACCACGCGUGUUGAUGCUUUAAUAAGUCUUUCCAUUGACAUACUCAUGCUGACACCCAUGACACUAGUGUUCAUAUACACGUCCAAUACUGCAAGGUGAAGAAUUUCAUCUGAGUAAGUUGUGGUGCUAUUCCUGUAUGAACCAGAGAGGAGGUAAAGCAUUUAAUGCAGUACAUAUCAUAUCAGUGGAAGGAUCCACCCUGUUCUAGUCUAGAAAUAAUCGUCAAGUGAAAGCAAGUUGUCAGAAUAUUGGAAUACGAGUCGUUUACUUUUCCAUUGCUCCAGUCCCACCCACAGGUGCACUGACCAUCCAGUAGGAGCUGCUAGUGCAGCAACAGGGAAAUGAGCCGUUCCAGGUUCCCCACGUGCUGACGGUGUGGUUGUUUGAUGGAGCUGUUGCAAGAGGCUCGUCAGUGUCAUGAAAGCUUUUCUCUCGCCAUGACUUUCCCCUCUCUUUAAAUGUGGAGCAAUAGGUGUUGUGUACCGUACCUUGUCAGAUUGUGUGUGUUUGUGAGGAGCCGUGCGUGUGUAGCGAGUGUGUGCUUGUGCGAACGUCCUGGCUGUGCGUCCGGCUCACUCCUGGUAACGCUGAGACAGACGAUGAGCGGGUGGGUUUAUUUUUGGGUCAGUGACAGUGUGUCAAUGGCCGCAGAUGCUUCGGAAAGGAAGGCUCUGAGAUACAAGCAAACUCUGCUCUAUGGGGAGUACCAGGAGCACCAAGGAGGCUCUGGCAGACGAGAGGCCACGCGCCUGCUGACCGAGAGGCAGAUCAAGAAACAUGGCAACCACCACCGCUGCCACGGGAGGAUGCGGCACGGCCGUCGUAGCCACGGUCAGAAUGGAUACCACAGCCGACAUCACGCCUAUCACAGCAGGCAAAGGAACAGGCGUCAGUCCAACAUGGAGAGAGAGGUGGCUGACGAGCAGACUGCAGAACCGGACCUCACGUCUACGAAGAAGAGACGGUCCUACUCCAAGUGUAGAGACUGCAUAGCCCGGGUGCAACGAUUCCUUGUGACCAGGCUGGGAGAAGACUGGAUCUUUCUAGUUCUGCUGGGCAUCACAAUGGCGCUGGUCAGCUGGACAAUGGACUACGCUAGCGCAAAGAGCCUGCAAGCCUAUAAGUGGAUUCAUGGGGAGCUGAGGGGGAACAUCCCUCUGCAGUAUCUGGCCUGGGUUUCAUACCCCCUGAUGUUCAUCCUUUUUGCUUCCAUCUUCUGUCACCUGGUUUCCCCUCAAGCUAUCGGUUCUGGUAUCCCAGAGUUGAAGACCAUCCUCAGAGGUGUGGUGUUAAAAGAAUAUUUAACUCUUAAAGCUUUUAUUGCUAAAGUCAUCGGUUUGACUGCUGCCUUGGGUAGUGGCAUGCCUGUAGGCAAAGAGGGCCCUUUUGUUCACAUUGCCAGUAUCUGUGCUGCAGUUCUCAGCAGGUUUAUGUCAUUCUUUUCAGGAGUUUAUCAGAAUCCAUACUGUUACACAGACAUCCUGACGGUGGGCUGUGCUGUCGGGGUGGGCUGCUGCUUUGGUACUCCACUUGGAGGUGUUCUCUUCAGUAUAGAAGUCACGUCCACAUACUUUGCUGUAAGAAACUACUGGAGAGGAUACUUUGCUGCUACGUUUAGUGCUUUCAUAUUCAGAGUGUUGUCUGUGUUCAACAAAGAUGCAGUAACAAUCACUGCUCUGUUCAGGACAAACUUUCGCAUGGAUUUUCCUUUUGACCUGCAGGAGCUGCCCGCAUUCGCCAUAAUUGGGAUCUCGUGUGGUUUUCUUGGGGCGUUCUUUGUGUAUCUCAACAGACAAGUGGUGCUGUUCAUGAGACGACCCAAUGCCAUGACCCGCUUCCUCGUUAAGCACCGUCUGGUUUUUCCUGCUGUGGUAACUCUGAUCAUCGCCACCUUGACCUUCCCACCUGGAUUCGGACAGUUCAUGGCAGGAGAGCUUUGUUUUUCUUUCUGUUUCUGUCUUCUUCAUUUUCUCCAGCUGAUGCCAAGGGAGUGUAUCAAUUCUCUCUUUGAUAACUUUACCUGGACGAAGAUUUCCGGAUCCUCUCCUCCAGUCGGUCUGGGGCGCUCUGCUGCCUGGCUGCAUCCUGAUGUUAGCGUGUUUGUCAUCCUGCUGCUCUUCCUCAUCAUGAAGUUCUGGAUGUCAGCAGUGGCCACCACCAUGCCCAUCCCGUCUGGAGCCUUCAUGCCGGUCUUCAUCCUGGGCGCGGCCUUCGGCAGGUUGGUGGGCGAGGUCAUGGCCACGUUGUUUCCCAAUGGGAUCGUGUUUGAUGGCAUCCUUUACCGCAUCAUCCCUGGAGGGUACGCAGUCAUUGGAGCAGCAGCACUGACUGGUGCGGUGACUCACACAGUGUCCACUGCGGUUAUCUGCUUUGAGCUGACAGGACAGAUCUCUCACAUCCUGCCCAUGAUGGUGGCAGUGAUCCUGGCCAACAUGGUGGCCCAGGGUCUGCAGCCCUCCCUGUACGACUCCAUCAUCCAGGUCAAGAAGCUGCCGUAUCUGCCAGAGCUUGGCUUCGGACACAUGAGCCAAUACAACAUCUUUGUGGAAGACAUCAUGGUGCGGAAGGUGAAGUUUGUAUCGUCUCAGUCCACCUACAGAGAAGUCCAACUGUUGCUGGAAUCCUCCUCACUCAAAUCAAUCCCACUGGUUGACUCUAAAGAUUCUAUGAUCCUGUUGGGCAGCAUCGACAGGUUGGAGCUUUUGGCCCUCUGUGAUUGGUGGUUGUCACCGGAGAGAAGGCUCCUGAUGCAGGGUCGGAGCUUACACGAACAGAACCAGUCUCAUAAACAUAGCUGGGAGUCGUUUGCUUAUGUCGAUGAGGAGGAAGACGAGGGAGCAGAGAAGCAGACCAGUCCAGUGCAGGAGGAGAGGAACGGCCCCCUGCCUCCUCCAAAGCCCCAGGAGCCUUCUUCAAACCACACUGCUCCUGCUCCAGAGAAAGGUCCUCUGCAGUCUGUGAGGAAAACACUCCGAACCCUCUUCAGCUCCAAGAACGGACAGACAGAAGGACAGUCCCAGGAGCCUUUUCCACCUCCCCUCUCAGACACAAUGACACCAGAAGAGAUCCAAGCGUGGGAAGAGGCAGAGAUGGACAAGCCCAUGGAAAUCGAUGAGAUACGAAUCGACCCUUCCCCCUUCCAGCUGGUGGAGAGAACGUCGUUACACAAGACUCACACCUUGUUCUCACUGCUGGGACUAAGUCACGCUUACGUGACCAGUAUCGGCAAACUGGUGGGGGUGGUGGCUCUCAAAGAGCUCCAGAAGGCCAUCGAGGGCUCCACGCGCUCCGGCGUCCGUCUCCGCCCUCCGCUCGCCAGCUUUCGGGACAUAAGUAACCACAACUCUGUCUCCAAACCUCCGCCUCCUUCAGCAGCUGCUCCUUCCUCUACAACCCCAGCCUCCCCCCCCUCACCUUCAACUGCCCCACAGUCCGCCUCCCCCGCUCACCUGCAUCACCACCACCACCACCACCAUCGCAUUCUUUACAAGAAUGAAACGGAGGUGUGGGUGGAGGACGAAGGCGGAGCAGAGGAGGUGGAGGAGCGGAGCAGCAGCAGCGCAGGAAGCGGAGGUGGCAGCAGCACAGGCGUCUGCUGCUCCACCAGCAGGAGCUGCAGCUUCAACAGCAACCUCACCCUCCCCCCCUCUUCCACACCUCCUCCUGUUCCUUCCUCCGCCACUCCUUCUCCUCCGUCCUCCUCCAUCCAUCUCUCCACCCUGAAGCCCCUACAGGAACUGCUUAAGCCGGGUGACAGUGAUGAUGAGCCCAUGGUUUAGAUUAGACCUGAGCAGUAGAUGUUUUUUAUAAUGGAAGACUUUUUUAACGGCGUGAGUUUCUUCUGUGUCUAAUUUGUUGUUCUGGUUGUUCACACCUUUACCUCUUUCUGUCACAGCUUUGCAAAAAACCUGUUAAAGCAGACAGUGUGUGUUUGAGGCUGUGACAAGGCUGAUGCAGAAUAUGCUGUUGUUGUGUGGAGGACAGUUCAUCCCACUGUUUCCACUCAGUGUGUCCUGUUUUUCUAUGUGCGUGUUUUUUCCUCUGAUUCACUCUCUUCUCAAACACUGUCUCAUGUAGCGUCAUCGGAAUUGACAACUUCCUCCAAGAUGUUUUUUUUUGUCAGUGUAGACAGCAUCCAGAUCAGUGUUACUGCAACCAAAGCGUCAGCCCACAGUAUAAAAGCUGAAGGGGUUCAUUCAUAAUUUCAUCGUUACUGUUUGACCUUUGGAUUUUCCUUAAUUAGACAGAGGAGUCCUUUAGUGAGGUCGUUGAGAUCUUUUAUCUUGAUCCAAAUUCAGGAGUCAUUUGCCUGCUAUCGUUUCUGUGCGUCAGAGCUUGAUUGGAUGUUAAUUGCUCCCUUGUGUUACGCACCUGUGCAGCAUCAUUUGCAUUGGUUUUGUUUCUCCUCUUGUUUUCUUUGUCCGUUUGCUGCAGUAUUUUGCAUCAUCGUUGUCUUUUUUUUAAACAGAAUACUCAAGGUUAAGGAGCAAUAUGAAUAAAUGCUGGCUAAAUAAGAGGUGCAGCUUUGAAGGCUGUUUGGGAGCUUGUGUGUUUCCUCAUUGUUUGUGUUUUCAGCAGCUGACAGCAGCUUGUUUCCUGGCAGGAUGGAGCUGUUAGUCCACUGUAGAGAAUUGACCAGAGCCCCAAACGACCUCCAAAGCGCGCUGACCUUGUGUCGGCUGCCUCGUCACCGUUAGCUUGAUAGAUGGUCCAGCUAAAGGCUGCUAAUAACAGCAUCGAUCCUGGAAAUGCUGAAUUUAUUCAUUUAGAGAGAAUUCACACAUGACUAGUGAUGAUCACAGCCAUUCACCAAGAGAGGCAGCAGAAUCCUUACAUCUCACUUGAUUAAUGCAGUGACUGACAUUCAUCAUAGUGAACGUCAGCUGAUGUGCUGUCACGUUACAUUUGGUCCUAGAUGGAGAUGAUCUGUGCCAAGUAACACAUGAAUUAUCCUAAUGAAUGACCCAGCAUCAGGGCUGUUUGAUUACUGUGGCAGAGUCCAGGUUCAGCCAGAGCUUAAAGAUCAGACUCACAAAGACUUCAUUGUUCUAGUUAAUACUUCAACAAUGGAUCGCCUUCUUCCAUCUCACAGCUCAGACUCAGCCAUAACAGAACUGGAUGCACUGACCUUGUUCUGCAGAGUCACUUCUAACUGUGUUCAGUGUGUGAUGGCACCUUUCCUCACGUUUAUCACACAUUUCUUUCCUCGUCGUCUCCUACACUCAGUUUCUCAGGUGCUGCCUUAAAUGUCUUUAAACAUGCAGAUAUGAUGCAAACCUUCAGAAUUAAUGUGUGUGUCUUUCUUAAGGGGUGGAGUGUGACUGUUCUAUUUAUUUAUCCUCAAGUAGGACUCUAAUGUUUCCCACACUGUAUAAAAUGUAGCUAAAUAAAGUUUUAUGUAAGUAGAA